AUGGGAUUUUAUAGAAAUUUAUUGGGUUUCAUAACUCUGUUUGGUUUCCUGCAAUUAACAAAGCAGCACUGCUACAUGAUGAAGUUUGUGGGCGCCAGGUCCUGGGACACGCCCAGCUACGGCCUGAAGCUCAACAUGUUCGAGAAGAACAACUCGAUGUCGUCGGUGACCACGGUGCGGCAGGACGUGGCCAUCCCGCUGUGGCACCUCGUCCUCCUGCAACAUCCGCGCAAGCGGAGCGCCGCAUCCGCAACGCGAGCGGAACUUCCGCGCACCCUGUACAAUGGCACGACGAAAACGUGCGACUUCUGGAAAUACAUUCGCCACGUGUCCGCGUGGAACAACGUGGCCAAGCUGAUACUCUCCAAGGGCGCCAGCAACAUGAGUCUCGGCUGCCCCCUGAAGACGGGCGUAUACGUAAUGAACCGCAUCCAAGUGCCGCCGGAGACGACGAUCCUGAAGUUCAUGUACCACCCGAACACGCUGUACACCCUGGAGGGCACCGUCUACUCCCUGAACCCCAAGGACAAGGUCACCAAGAAGGCCCUGUGCUACUACGAGAUCAAUGCCACCAUCUUCAAGUCUUGUUGA